AUGAACGAUAGCGCAGAAACUUUAGAUCCGCGAGUACAGAUUGAAUUGGAGCGACUCAAUACAGCGACUGAUGAAAUCAACCGUCUUGAAGUUGAGUUAGAUGAGGCCCGACUGGCAUUUCGGCGUUUAUUGGCAGAGGGGCAUUUGCGUAUACAACAGCUAACAAAAAAAUUAGGCACAAGUGUACAUAAAGCCAGGCCUUAUUAUGAAGCAAGAUUCAGGGCUAACAUUACGUCUCAAGAGCUGCAGGCAGCCAACCUGGUGUACGAUAAAGCAAAUAGUGCUCAUGCUGCUGCAAGGGAGAUGGUAUACCUUGCUGAACAGGGUCUGGCCAGACUCGCUGACGGCUCUGGAGGGCUCACCUUGGAUCCAGCUUGGCAAGAAAUGCUCAAUCAUGCUACACAUAGAGUCAAUCAGGCCGAAGCAGACCGUGCAUCAGCUGCGGUAACACAAAGAACUAAAGCAGCGGCACACCGAGCUGCAGCAGCAUUAGUUCAACAGCUUCAGAAUAGUUUAAAACGCCACAUCGCUAAAUCCAGGCCGUAUUUCGAAGAGAAAGCGCGGAUAAACGCCGCUCUGGAAGCUCAAAAAGCUCGGAUACAAACCUUAGAAGAGCAGGUUACUGAUGCUAAACAGAAGUAUUCUUCGGCGCUGAGGAAUCUUGAAAGGAUAUCCGAUGAAAUACACAGACAUCGGUCAAGAAGACAAUCGACAAGAAACGAGAUGGAUCAAAUGACAAUAACAGAUACGGCGAGUGAGUCGAACGCAAGCGAAAAUUUGGAAGAGCUCUGCUCGCAGAACAACGAUGAGAAUGUUCGGGAGUGGUUGCGCAAAGUGGACAGGCCCGAUCCUGAUACCUGGACAGAGAUUGAUCUGGACUAUUCCAGUCCUGAAGAAAUAAGUUUCGAAAAGUGCUCGCUUCGUCCCCGUUCAAGUCCUGACAAGUCAUCACCGCCUAGUCCCUUGGAAUCAAAGGUGUCUGCAGCAUCACCGCGACGCAUCAUUCGCGUUGGUGAAAGGACGGCGGCCAUACGUGCUGAGUUAGAGCGUGGGCGACGGCAGAGUUUGGACACUAUACUCCACGAUACCGGGGAGAAAGUCUGUCCCUAUUUGGUGAGCGCCGUGGUUCAGGCUCCGCCCCACGCACUCCACGAAGGGCUUCUCCCCGCGCGCGUCGCUCCCCCCGCACCAUCCGGGGCUUCCUCUGCGUCAGACGAGAUAUACUCUGACACGGAUAGUCUAGCAAGCAUGGAAAUGCUGACAGACGAUCAAAUAGCAUCCCUCAUGCUAGACGCCCAACUGGAAGCCGUUUGCGAGAAAUUAGCUGGCGUUGCGCGUGCGCCGCGUUCCCCACAAUCACCGGAAUCACGGUUAUAA